AUGAAGAGACCUAUUCUGACUCGACAGGAAUCCGCCUACCACAAGUUUGUCAGAUGGUUGGCCAAAAUUUUAACUCCCAUCCGUGAGGCCCUUGCACAAUGCCGUACUAACCAUAUCGAGAACCCGUCCAACAACGUGAAAAUUUUGCGUCCAAAGCUGCCAGUGUCUUUUGAGGUAGAAACUGGUAACAGCAUUCCAUUUUUGGAUAUUCUUACUGCCGUAUGCCCAGAUGGUAUUCUUCAAGGUUCAUUGGUUGUUGAUCAGGUGGCUGUUGAUCUGUUCGCCGAGCGUGGCUAUUGGCUUGCAAGCGUUUCGUCACCAUACAAGGAGAUAUCAUCAGUGCGCAGUUGGCAUGUCUAUCUUGAACCGAAAUCAGAAAUCAUCGCUCGGGACAGAUAUAAAUUUAUCCAGAUUUGUAUUUUGUAUAGAAAAACCCGACUUUGUAGCAUUACGGAUAAGCUGGCGUUUGUUAACGCCUCUUGUAAUGCUUCACGGUUUGGUUCUGAUCCUCAUCUAAAUUUGACGUAUACUUUCACUCAUAAGCUGGCCACCCAAACUUUGACACCUGGUGUGUAUAUAUUUACGUGCAAGGCCAGCCCAGACAGCCGUGCAGUUGUAAGCCGACGUUUGCUGAUUGAACAGUACGCUCCUCGUUUGGAUUGCGGCGCAAGGUCACGGGUCAUCCGGAUAGAACCAAAGCAUUCACUUUUCCCCAUUUGUUGCUUGCGCAUCCCGACAAGAGCCGACUGGAUAAGGGAUCUGAAACGACCGAUCAACUGGUGUCUUGACGACCUGAGAUGUGUAUCUCCAUAUAACAGAACACGUUUUGACAGAGGAAAUUUGUAUUUCCCUGAACUCAGUAACAUCAUGUCCGGAGCGAUCACGAUUCGUUGCAAUGAUGCGGAAUAUGAGGAGGAACACUAUCUUAUAGAAUAUUUGAUAGGGAAAACACUUAUAAGCGCAAGUGAUCAAUUUUAUGAAAUAGAAGGCUGCAACAAGAAUACAGUCUGCCAUCCGCGAAGGAUCAUCAUAAGCAUCAUCGACAGCAUGACAUCAGUGUUAAACACCGAUGCUUCACUGCCGUACAACCAUGAUUUAUUUGAGAGCUUUAUUGUAAAGAAAAGAGUGAAGGUGGACAGAGAAGGGACUUAG